AUGAAUAUCUCACAAACCCUGCGUGAGCGAGAGGUGGCUGAGCACCGAGCAGAUCCAAAAUCAUCUGGUGAUCCCAAGUUUAUGGAGGCAUAUGGUAACACAGAUCUUCUAAUUGCUAGGCUUGUUCACAUGUUCACUGAUAUGACUUGGCAGGUUGGGAUAAUGCUUGACAAUGCCCAAAAUGGAAUUUAUGGAGAGACAGGAGGUCCAAGAAAAUCUAGCUGUAGGUCCAAGCACUUGACAGACGUGGCCAACGUUGAUUGCUCUUACAACCUGAGUCCCGAAGAGCUCUGCACUAAGAUCUCGCUCUGCGAUGCUCUGAUCGUUCGCAGCGCCACCAAAGUCAAUCGCGAUGUGUUCGAGGCGUCGGCUGGGAGGCUCAAGGUUGUCGGACGCGCCGGCGUCGGCAUCGACAACGUGGAUCUGGCGGCGGCGACGGAGCACGGUUGCCUUGUGAUUAAUGCGCCGACGGCUAACACCGUCGCAGCCGCCGAGCACGGGAUCGCGCUUCUUACUGCCAUGGCUCGGAACAUUGCGCAAGCCGAUGCUUCGGUCAAAGCUGGGAAGUGGCAGCGGAACAAAUAUGUGGGUGUGUCCCUUGUUGGCAAAACACUUGCUGUGAUGGGUUUCGGAAAGGUUGGAUCAGAAGUUGCCAGGCGUGCCAAAGGGCUUGGUAUGCAUGUGAUUGCUCAUGAUCCGUAUGCCCCAGCAGACCGUGCCCGUGCUAUAGGUGUGGAGCUUGUGAGCUUUGAUGAAGCCAUAGCAACUGCUGAUUUCAUCUCACUUCAUAUGCCUCUCACUUCUGCUACAUCAAAAAUUCUCAAUGACCAAACUUUUGCAAAGAUGAAGAAAGGAGUUCGGAUUGUCAAUGUUGCUCGUGGGGGAGUAAUUGAUGAAGAAGCUUUAGUGAAGGCACUGGAUGCGGGCAUUGUUGCUCAGGCUGCACUUGAUGUUUUCACUGAAGAGCCACCACCAAAAGACAGCAAAUUGAUACUACAUGAUAGAGUAACUGUAACCCCGCAUCUUGGUGCCAGUACUAUGGAAGCUCAGGAAGGAGUGGCAAUUGAAGUAGCUGAAGCUGUUGUUGGAGCCUUAAGAGGGGAGCUUGCUGCUACUGCAGUCAAUGCGCCCAUGGUUCCUGCCGAGGUGCUUACAGAGCUCAAACCAUUUGUUGAACUUGCUGAGAAACUUGGUAGACUAGCUGUCCAAUUAGUGGCAGGUGGGAGCGGUGUGAAAUCUGUGAAAGUGACGUAUGCUUCUGCUAGAGCUCCCGAUGACCUUGACACAAGGCUGCUUCGAGCCAUGACCACCAAGGGUCUGAUUGAGCCCAUAUCCAGUGUUUUUGUAAACUUGGUGAAUGCAGAUUUCACUGCUAAACAGAGAGGUCUUAGGAUAUCCGAAGAACGUAUAAUUUUAGAUGGUUCACCAGAAAGUCCACUCAAAAGGUUCUUUAAUGCUAUCAGCUGUUAAGGUGGUUCAUGUUGUAAAAUCAGAUUCCAGACUUGCAAAUAAUGAUCUACCUGUUGAUAUCCAAAGGUUGAGAUGUCGUGCUCUGUGUUAUUCAAAGCGGACCUCAACCUGCUACACUUGAGGGCAGCAUUUCACGAGCAUAUCGGUGAUGUUAUGGGUGCCUUGCGAGACUAUCGAGUUGCUGUCUCUGUUGACCCAAACCAUGAGAUGCUGGAACUUCACAGCAGUCAAGAGCCAUGAACCCCC